UUCAGAAAAAUAGAAUUUCUAUAGAAAUAAGCAUAUUUAAAGUAUGAAAUGUGGUAGGACCGUAACAAUUUGAAAGACCAACGGAUUACCGAUUUCUAUUGUUAUGCUGUAAAAUUAAAAAUCAAUUGAUUACUAUUUUCAUGUUGUUUACAAACAACUUGGAGAUACGAGGUCAGGCCGAUCAUCAUUGAUUGUGUAAGAAACAAAAAGUUCAAAAAUGCCUAUAAAGACAAAGCAAAUUAAAGGGAUAUUAAUACCCAUAGAAGAACAAGUAAAUAAAUUAAAAGAACUGAUAAAUACUAACCCUCUUACUGCAAAUAAGUCUACAUCAAGGAAUUUGGCACUUUUCGAACACUUGGUAUAUUUAGGAGAAAAAUUUGAUACCCUGUCAAAAGAAGAAAUUAGUGAUUAUGAAGAAAUGGAAUCAAAGAUCACUAAUAUCGUAAAAGAAUUUUGUACACUGCAAUAUAUGGAUGAAUCUAUUGAAAGUGUAGACAAGCAAAUGGCAGAUCAAGUUUUGUCCACUGUAUUAGAUAAAUUCAAGUUAGCUCUUGAAACUCUAGAAAAAUUGGAAUGUUUGCCAUUGAAACAAAGAUUGACUGAUUGCUUAGAUUACAUCAGGGAAAUGGGUCAAGCCAAUGAAAUUGAACAUUUUCAGAAUAUUAAGGAAUUGGGCACUUCCAUUUUGGAAUUGCUUCGGCCAUUACAAAUAUAUAGAAAAAGCUUAGUAUGUCAAUCAUUAGGUGAAAAGAUUAUACUGUGUUUGUGUCAAUUGUGUGCGGCAUUUAAACUGUUAGUGCAAUUAGUACAAGAGCAACACCGGCUAAACGCAUCAAUCUAUAAUUGCAAGAAAUAUGUCUGUGAAAGACUCUGCUUUUGCUUGAAGAUGAUAAUAGAAAUAUUGGAUGUAUCAGAUUCAUUACCUGAGGAUGAAGCAUUUGAACAAGAAAAUCAUUUUGUUUACAGGAUGGACUUGGUAUUGGAUAUUUUAUCGGAAAUGCAAAAUAAAUCACAACAAGAUCAAAUAGUAGAAUGCAAAGAGUUAUGGUUUAGAAUAGAAGAUGUAUUUUCUUAUGCAAUGGCAAUUGCACAAGUUUGCAAGCCUUGCAAUUUUAAAGCAAUAACUGGAACUUGUCAGUCGAUUAUAUCAGAAUAUGAGAAUUUAAAAUUCCAAUUAACGUCCGAAUCGUCUGAUACAGCACUGAAUAAUUUGUUCAUGAAUAGUUUGACUGACGCACUUUAUCGAUUAGAACGAAAAAUUAAUGUGUCAGUAUUGAAUCUUGUCAUGGAAGUUUUCAGUGAUCCCUUUCAUGCUCUGAGAAAGCUUGUUACGAUCUGUGGCAAUUCAUUAAAUGCUAAAAAGCGAUCUAAAAACGAUUUAUCCAAUGCUAUAGAAGAUUUUGAUCAAAUUAUAGACAAAUCCAUGCAAAUUGGAUUAUUUGCUAUCGCCUCUUGUAAAGAUAAAAAUCGGAUUAAUCAAAUACGAAAUUGUUUGGCUAGUCUUGAAUCUUUGGAAACCGAAUUAAUUUCUGCUAUUACUACAUUUUACCUACAUCCAGAGAGUAAAGAAAUGCGAGCAAAUGUAAAGCUGUUGACUGGACAAUGGCAAUUAGAAGUCAAUAAAUUGCAUGAUACAAUUAAUUUGGUUAUGGAUUCGGGUGCUUAUUGUCAGGUAGUAUUAGACGAUCUUCAGGAUCGUAUUUCAGUAAUGUCAAAUUGUCUUGACAAUAGGAAACCAGUUACUCAAGCACAAGUACAAAGUGUCGUACUUCGAUCCUUAUCGCUCUCCCGGCAAAUCACUAUCACCAUAAACGAUAUUGGAAGCGAUGCUGUUGAAAGACAAACAAUAAUGAUGAUUAGAGAAUUAAAAGCCGCAAUAUUCGAGGCUGAUGCUGCUUCGAAAAGUCUGUUAGUAGAGAAUGCUACAGAACCACAGCAAUUGCGAGUGAUAAAACGAUGUGAACUGAUCUUAAAUGUAGUAAAACGAUUACAUCCCGCUUUAGUUGCUAUUAUGAAUAAUACAACGUUGAUGAAUACCAGUUACGGAAAAAAUAGUAAGGGACAGGGUGACUCUAUUCACGAUGUAAGUAACAAAUUUGCAUCCACGAUUUAUGGAUUAUUCAACGAUCAUCAUCGUCAUCAGAAACCUUUAGUCUAUAUAAGAACUCCUUAUACAGUAAGCAGUUGCAAAUCGCCUCUAUCUAUACAGACUGCGAAUAGUGUUUCUAGAAAACAAUUGAAUUUAUCCUGUUUAAUACCCUAUAUUAAAAUAGGACGCGAAAUGCGUACCGAACGUUCGGUCAUGUAUAAAACACCAAACAGAAAUGACUCUCUUAAUCGGUCCUUAACAGACACUAAGUUAAAAUCACGCAAUUUAACUAGCAUCAGGCAACAUCUUUUUAGCAGAGAUAGUAUUAGUUCUCAUGAUGAUAUUUGUUUGUCUGAGGAGAGUAUAAAUUUAACAGGCAUUUUUGAGAGAUUUGUGUUUUCUUGUACAAAUUUAUCCGCAACUUCAUCGAAGUCUCAUGUUGAGAAAACGCAACAUGAUACCGCUGAAGAUAAAAAGUCUGUUAGAUGUUUAACAGAAUCGUUAGUUGAAUGCAUCGAAACGCAGUCGGAAAUUACAACUGGUAAAAUGGAUCAAUGUUCUGCGAUCGGUGGAGGUGACGGACCAUCAAUUGUGGAUAUACCGAAAACUUACGACGAUACUCAACGUUUGAGUAAAAAUACAAAGAUAACACAAGAACGAUUAUUUGGAGAUUAAAUAUUGCCAUUAUGAAUUACGUUGGUAUAAAUGAAUAUUGAUCUUCAUUGAAUUUAGAUAUAGACUAAAAAACACAAGGUUCGCUAUUAAAAUAAUGUCUUAAAGUAAUUUCU